AUGUCGACCAACCCCGCGUCCACCGCAAACACCAGAGAAUCACGUCGUCCGAGUCUAAGCGGAUCAGCAACAUCCCGUGGCUCCCACAAAUCUUUCGAAAGCUCGGACAACUACCAGCCAGACGGCGCCAGCCGAAUGGCCAACCUUUUUGAUUCAGUGGCUGGUUCUGGCCCCGCAGCAAAUCCAGGCGACCAGACCAUCCGACCCAGUGGCCAGCCGGGAGCUGCAGGACCUUCAAAUGUGCUCCGGACGGAUCGCGCGCAGACUGCCCCUGUUGGAGUCAACAUCAGUGCAAAUCGACGUCCUGAAGAUUUUGCUCCCCCCAAUGAAAAAAUUGGAGAACUGAAGGUUUCAUUUCUUUUAUAA